AUGACCGUAGUCCAAGCUCUGUUAGAAGCAUUUGCAGCAACGGCGAAGGUUCCAUUGGACUGCGGCCUCCAGUCGCCGGGUGGAGAGGGCUGCAGCAACGAAGCGCUGGGGGCCCCAGAAGCCACUUUCGAGGGGUCCUUGCCCCGCCCAACAGUCCUAGAUCCCAGGCCUAUGGAGAAGUUGUGCCACCCCUUGGCAGCCGGGGCUCUUUGUGCAUUUGCUUUUGUGGGUGCCCAGGUGUCCCGAUUUGUCAUCCUGCAAGGCGCGGGUGCAGCAGAUCCCUUAGGCUUCUUCGGUUUGGACAGUUUUUACUCAAGCUUUGACCAACACACAUAUUCAGCAAACUUAUAUCAAAGCCUCGACUUCGUCGGCGAAGAAAGGACUGCAAGGCUGUUCACUCGAAUUCCGAAGCUUCGGUUCAGAGAGCUUCUGACCGACGCCAAUGGGGCGCCACCCUGCAAGAAGACCGAAGCAAUGCGCUUUGCGAACAAGAUGCUUUUGUGCAAGAGCGAGAGUUUGGAGAGGGUUCUUGAUGGUUCCCGGCCUGCGCAUGUGCAGAUGUUUUUCGUACAGCCGAUGAAGCUCUUCGUGAAACUCUGCGGACGGGGUGACUUCCUGAAGAUCGAGAAAAGACACCACGAACGAGUAGGCUUUCGCUUCAGGCCCUGGCAGCAACAGCGUCGUGCCCAGGACCCCUUCUCAGCAAUCGGCGCAGCCCAGCACGAAUUCUCCGAGCCGGAGGAGUGCGAUGGCCUGGGCGUCCUGGUGCAUGCCCUCGCAAACCAGCAGCACCUGCUGAAUGCAAGUUGGUACUUCCAAGCUGCCGAUUACCUUUGGGAGGCCCAGAUAUUCUGCUUUCUCUUGCUGGUCGUCUGUUCGCGCGAGGAGGGAUCCGACGAGUUGCGAGACGAGAAGUGCGUACGGCUUUGCGAGGUAGUCGAUGUUGUUGGUGCCGCUGUUGGCCUCCGCGCAUACCACCGGGCGAUGGGCCAGGAAGGCCCAGAAUUGCCAGCGCUGCCUGAGGAGGACGAGAUGCCUUACUUCAAGCGCGUGAGGGACUUUUGCUCCUCCGGACUUUCCUUUGACGACCGGGCAUGGGGCCCGCGCUUGGAGGACAAGGACAUCAAGGUCGACGUGUACGAGAAGAUGGGUAUGGUGAAAUCAGCACCUGUGAAGAGCAUCACAAACCCAUACGCGCCGGGCAGCAAGUGGGAGCCAGCAGUGACGACCUCCUAUGACUGGUUUCAAUGGUCGCAGGUCGCAUAUCCACCAAACUUGGAUUUCUUCCGUGUGCUCGGCAGCUUCGAGAAGGAAGGUGCAUCGAUCAGCCGUGCAGACAUGGAAAGCCGCUGGGCCCGCAGAUUGUCAAAAUGA